CCCCCUCCACGGCUACAGCUCAAAAAAAAAUGUUCUCAGUUUUUUCGUCGCUUCUACUCGUCUCUGCGUCACUCGCUCAGCCAUUCUUCCUUCCACCACCUCCAUGCUUCGGAAUCGGCUGCAAUCAGCCACCGAUUGUGAUUGCCGGACCCCCGCCAUGCUUUGAUUGCCCACCACCAGCGCCGAUCUUCGUUGCUCCACCACCACCACCAUGCUUUGGACCAGCUUGCCCACCACCAUGCUUCGGACCAGCCUGUGUUCCACUUGCUCCAAUCAUCGUGAACGGGCCUCCACCAUGUUUUGGGCCAGCUUGCCCACCACCAUGCUUCGGCCCAGCUUGUGCUCCACCUGCUCCAAUUAUCGUUAACGGGCCACCACCAUGCUUCGGGCCAGCUUGCCCGCCACCAUGUUUCGGCCCAGCUUGUGCUCCAUCUGCUCCAAUUAUCGUUAACGGGCCACCACCAUGCUUCGGGCCAGCUUGCCCACCACCGUGCUUCGGACCAGCCUGCGCCCCACCACCACCAGCUCCGAUCCUCUUCGGAUCUGUCACUUGCUGCGCUCCAAAUAACUAUUCCUGCUGUGGAUCCUUGUUCCGUAAGCGAAUCUUUAGCAAGCGAUCCGAUGAUAAGACGGAGGCUACCACCGAGGCACCAGCCAAAGAAACUCAAGAAAACUAAAUGAUCUAUCGAUUUUUAGGAGCCAAAUUCUCAACUUUGUUUGUAUAUAAGAUACUCAUAUAGAUUUUUAUUGUUUUAAUUAAUUAAUAAUUGAUAUUUAAACUGUUUAAUGAAGUUUCAUCU